CCAGCCGGGGUCCUCCUCGCCUGCCGCGCCUGUGCCCGCGCCGCCAGCUCAGCCGAAGCAGCCCUCCAGCUCAAACUCCCCUCCACCAACGGCCACCCUCUCCCACCACGGCAGCCCGGUGCUUUCGCAAACCCUUCCAAGCAGCCCGAGCACGCGUGCAUCUAAUCCCGACUGUCGCAGCUUGCCCUGGGACGGCCGAUUGACCGGUUUCAUGUCCCGCAGCAGUCUGGGCACAAUCCUUCAGCUCAGCAAGCCGUGCAGCUUCAUGUCGCCAGCGGCUUGACGGCAGCAAUCUCCAAACACCUUGAUACCACGCGACGCGCCCAGGCCAAGACAAGAUGGCUGCGCCAUCUCGCUCGCCAGACCCCUCUCGUAGGCGAAGACGUAGGAGAAGACAGGACAAGGCGGCCAUUUCGGCACGCCUUGUUCUUGACGGGCACGUCAAGGGUGAUGUGGGCAUCCUUUCGGACGACCUUUUUGCAGACUUGUUCCCUCACCUACGGGAAGACGAGGCCGCCGACUCCGGUACCACAGACACUUCCGACGUCUACCAUGUCGCCAUUGCGCCGUGGACACCCACAUCCAGUCCGCAGCACUCAAACUGGACCAUCGUACCCAUUGUCAAGUCUUCGGCUCUUGCCCACUCGACCGUCCAGUUCUCGCCAUCCUCGAUAGCGCUCCAGAGCUUCGCGACAACCCUCCAGCGUAUCGCCCCUUCAAAAUUAUCCAGUCAUAGUCGUAAUGGCAUCGAGGUCUAUGUCCUCGACGUUACGGCGCUCGCUCUCGACACAGUGUUCGUCAGCCUGGAAAGCGAUCUUGUGAAACGACUCGAGAACGGGGAGGGCACCUUCUUCAACGAGCACCCUCCAAGGGGUCUCGAUGUUGUUGCUGCUGGCACCCCCGCAGACCGGCUGGCCGCAGCCCUCCGCAUCGCUCUCAGCACGCUCAAGGUCGUACACAAUGGCGACAUGUUCCCGCUGCCGCUUGCGCCGCACCCCGUCACGCACACCCCGCCAACCCCUGGUGUCGUAACGCUUUGCGAGCCCGUCGCACAAGGUGUUCUUGCCCCAACGACCAAGAUCGUGUUGACGAGAGGUGGCACGCAAACCAAAAAAGAUCGAGCAGUACGGGCAUUGAGGAAUGGCGUGCGCCAGGACGAUGAGGACACGGCUAAUGACCAAUUCUACUCCGCUGCCGAGGAACGAUCGAAGACAGAUGCCCCUACCGAUACCGGUGACGACGUGACAGAGACGGAAACAGAGGUAUCGGAUCUCGAGCCUGAGGAUGACCUGUCUGAUGACUCGCUGGACGACAUGAUCUCGCUACAAGCUCCGGCACUACCGACCACCAACGUCAGCGGCCUUUCCACGAUGCAGCCAGGUACACCCAUGACGAUCGGCCGAGGGAGGAAAACCAAUGGCAUUGCCACGCCCGGGUCCGUGUUCUCGAGCUUUACUGCAACGACUGCCCGGGCUGAUCGACCCAAGGGGCGGCUCUUCAAAGCACAAGGCCUCAUGACACCCAUCCCGUCAGACCUUCUGCACCCGAAGCCGACUGCAGCUGACGAUGAGGAGGCUCGCAUCUACGUAGACAUUAGUUCCCUGACGCGUAUAGGGUGCUUCUCUGGAGACUGGGUCCGCGUGGAGGCAUCAGAAGAGCCGCCGGCAAACGGCAGUGGGUUGUUUGGACUCGGAAGCUUUAUUCACUCUGAUACGGACGAAGCUGUCAGCCGACCAGCCAAGGUAUACGGCCUUCCUGAGGGAUACUCGCACCGCCCAGUGACGAGAAUACCGAGCUCAAAGCACGAUAAUGGCGUCCGCAGGCCUUCAUUCUUCGAGUCACAGAUCCAGAAGCCGUCCGGGCCUACAGCGUACAUGUCUCCAUUACUCAUCGCCAAUCUGGAAAACACGCCGUAUGUGCGCCUGGCUCCACUGAAGCGGCUCGCGUAUCCUCGUCCUGGUCAAGCCAAGAUUACGGGGGCAUCGCAUCCACCGUAUGCUCGGGAGGUUACCAUUGAGCAGAUUCGCACACCGCUCUCCUCAGAAAAGGCUCUGCAGACUGCCAUCCUCGGUGGGUUGAAGAGCCACUUCGCAAAGAGCAUACGGGUGGUCAAGACGGACGACAUUGUAGCGAUACCAAUUGACACCCAACUCGGACGCACGAUACAAGAUACCUCGGCAUCUAAUAGUGGCCUCGACGUAGACGACAUCAUUGCGCUCGAGGCUUCGAGUCGCGCCCGCUCUGGCAAUAAGACGAGACCUGAUGGUGUCGCGUGGUUCAGAAUAUCUCAUAUCAUCCGGCAGCGAUCCGACACGACCGAAGAAGGGGACGAUGAAGAGGACGUAUGGGGCGGCGUGGCAUGUGUCGACACGGGCACGACCCAAAUAGCACAGUCGGGAAGUGGCACAAGCGUGCUGCCAGGCACAAAAGACAGCAGUUGGCCAUGCUACUUGGGCAUCGAGGAGUCGCCCCAACUCGAGCAGCAUGUGCUGUCCUCUGCUGUACAACAGCCAGCGCGGGGUUUCGUGUCGCCCUUGCGGCGCCGACUCCGCGAGCUCAUGGCCGCAGCCACUAGCAAAAGAGCCAUCCACCUCAAGAUGCCUCCGGUGGCGAUUCUGCUCGUGUCGACCCAGCGCAACAUCGGUAAAGCCACUGCUGCCACCCAGGCUUGUGCAGACAUUGGCUUGCACACCUUCUCAAUCGAUGCCUACGACAUUGUCAAUGAGAGCGGCGCGGGUGGCAGCGACGUCAAGACGGAGGGAUUCCUCAAAGCUCGUGCAGAUCGCGCAAUGAGCUGCGGUCCGGAAUGCUGUGCUCUCCUUGUCAGACACCUCGAGGCCCUCACGGCAGAUCGAAUGGUGACCGCGAUGAAGGAGGUCUUGGCAGACGCGAGAGUACUUAUUGCGACGACGACCGAGGUGGACAAGGUGCCGGAUGGCGUGCGGGGUCUUUUCACCCACGAGCUGGAGAUGAGUGCGCCAGAUGAGGGCGAACGCGAAGGCAUAUUGCGCAGCAUCGUCGAGAACCGUGGCGUGUCUCUGGCACCGGAGGUCGAGUUGAGCGGCGUUGCUCUCAAGACGGCUGCGCUCGUCGCUGGCGACUUGGUCGAUGUCGUUGAGCGUGCGGUUCUUGCGCGUGAGGCGAGACUUGAGAAGCUCUCCAAGAAGGCCUCCAUUGAUGGAAUGGCUGUCACCGUCCGCGACAUUCAAGUGGCAGGAGGAUCAUCCGCACGAUCGCUGAUCAAGAGCGAUUUCGAGCUCGCUGUCGAUGCGGCUCGCAAGAACUUUGCAGACUCGAUCGGCGCCCCAAAGAUCCCCAACGUAACAUGGGACGAUGUUGGUGGUCUCAACAAUGUCAAGGACGCCGUGCAAGAGACCAUCCAGCUGCCGCUAGAGCGGCCUGAACUCUUUGCCAAGGGCAUGAAGAAGCGCUCUGGCAUCUUGUUUUAUGGUCCUCCGGGAACGGGCAAGACACUUUUGGCCAAGGCCAUCGCCACGGAGUACAGUCUCAAUUUCUUUAGUGUUAAGGGUCCGGAGUUGCUCAACAUGUACAUUGGUGAGUCUGAAGCCAAUGUGCGCCGCGUCUUCCAGCGCGCCCGGGACGCAAGACCCUGUGUAGUCUUCUUCGACGAGCUCGACUCUGUGGCGCCCAAGAGAGGCAACCAGGGCGACAGCGGUGGUGUCAUGGACCGUAUCGUGUCGCAGCUGCUGGCCGAGCUUGACGGCAUGUCUGGCGGCGAUGACGGUGGCGGUGGUGUGUUUGUCAUCGGUGCGACCAACAGGCCUGAUCUGCUAGAUCAGGCCCUGCUGCGUCCUGGGCGUUUCGAUAAGAUGCUGUACUUGGGUGUAUCGGACACGCACGACAAGCAGCUCAAGAUUAUGGAAGCCCUGACGAGGAAAUUCACUCUGCAUCCCCAGCUCCAGCUCUCAUCCGUGGCAGAGAAGCUUCCUUUCACGUACACUGGUGCCGACUUUUACGCGCUAUGCAGUGACGCCAUGCUCAAGGCCGUCACGCGACAGGCGGCCGCGGUGGACGCCAAAAUUCGUGCCCUCAACGCGGCGCGCCACGAGGACGAGGAGGACAAUCAUCACCAGCGGCAGCAGCAGAACCCCAUCUCGACGGCCAACUUCUUCGACCACUACGCCACGGCCGAGGAUAUCGCCGUCAUGGUCACGGAGCAGGACUUCCUCGACGCCCACCGCGAGCUGAUUCCCUCCGUCAGCGCGGGCGAGCUGCAGCACUACGAGACGGUACGGGCUACUUUUGAGGGGACCAAGGACAAGAAGACGGCCUCGUCGUCUUCUCCUCCCGAGGCCCAGUCACAGAUGAAUGGUCAUCAUUCUCAACCAGCGACGACACAGCAUCUUGUCGUCGCGCGCCCUUCGUCGUCAAGGGGUAAGGCCAAAGACAAGGGCAAAGGGAAAGGGAAGGCCAUUGCCACGGCGAGCGACGAGGAGGACGAGGAUGAUGAUGAUGAGCAUGAAGGCGGCGCCGACGGCGUCAACGGCAGCAGCAACAGCAGUGGGAAAGGCAAGGGAAAGGCCGUGGCGGCCAAGUUCCAGAACGGAACGGCCAGCGAUGACGAGGGACUUUACUGAUCUUCCUCUUCUUCUACGCAAAACGUCACUGGGGAAAGCGGAGGCCCGGACAAAAUGGGAGACUCCAAAAGAAUAUAUACCAUGAUGUGGCCCCGUCACAUAAAAUCACUUUGUUGUGUACAUGUAUAUAUGGAUACUUUAUAGGCGGCCAGCAACAGCAGGACGCGCACGGGAGAACGGGCAGGGGUCUAAAUUCUUGGCCAAUGGCUCUGUCUCGGUCGCGACGUUGCAUUCUGCGGAGACGUGAUGUACGUCAAAACGUACGAAAAAAAAAAA